CCAACCUGCUUCAGAGCAGCUUUUUUAAAUCUUGUUUCUAAACUUGGUGUUUUUCUACGUUGUUUUCUUUAACUUUCGCCAUACAACCAUGUAUUAUCGCUGUUACUAAGCCAGUCGAAUGCAGUGUCUGACAACCCAGUGUAUUUUGGCAGCUCGUUCUCAGGUGAACCCCUCCGACUAAGCAGCUCUUUCCAUGAAGCCGAGUGGAUCCUGUGACCUCAGAGCCGACACUCCGUUCAAGAUGGCCGUCUGAGUGAAGAAUUUACACCUCUCAUGUGAAACUAAUCCAACAGUUAGCUGCCUUGACAAGUUCAGUCCCGUGUUUAGAUAAUGGCGCAUCGACAGUGGCCUCGUUUACUCCCUUUUUGAACCGGAACUUUUCAGGUCAUGGAGUAAACCCGUCCAGGGAACCCAAAGAUUGGCUUGAAGCUAACCGACAGCUUCAUGAGCUUUAAAACGAGAAACGACAAAGCCAGAUAAAUUUGGCCGACAUGGAUGUUGAGGUAUUGGAGCGAUAAAGGCCCCUCUGCUACAGCCCAGAAUGGACAGCUUCUUCAAGGCGGCUGUUUGUGAUCUGGACAAAGUUCUUGAUGACUUUGAGCUAAAUUCAGAGGAGCUUGAAUGCAAGCCUGUUUUCCUGAAGCCCCCUGUGUACCCGUUCUCCUCACUGGGCUCCCAGGGACCAACAAGCCUCCCAGACCUCAAUUCUCUUCAUUAUGGCUCUGCAAGAAGCUGUUCAGAUGGCCCCAGCAGCCACAAGCACAGUGCUGAUGCUAGCGAGGUUAGAGGUGAGCCCCUGACUGGCGUGGACCUUCUGUCUUCUGUGGACCACAGGCCUGCAAUAAGCUCGGCCCCCCCUUGCCCGGACAGAACUCUGAAGCCAGUUUGCGACCUUGUAAAUGAUGCAAGCUCCGCCAUCCUGGUACGGACCAACAGCCAUGAUGCCUUCAGGCAGCUGGAUGUGACCGAGCAGCCAAUAGAGGAGGAGAAGGAUGCGCUGCUUGUGGACUUUGACAGCCCCGUGGUCACAGAGGGGGGAACAGGGCUCGGCUUAAGUAGUGUUCAGGAGGGGCAGACUUCUGCAGGGACAGAUGAGCUGCUGAGGCUGAACUCCCAUCAACAGAGUAGUGGUUACACUGCUUCACUCAGUUUGCUGGACAUAGUUUUUUCUGCAGUCGCGGAGAAGAGCUCAGAACCUCAAGAUGAUUCGCCAUCAACAAGGACCACAGAGUCAGCUGAUGGAGAUGAGAAGGCGAGUGAAGAGGUCUUAUCCUCAGAGCAGCUGGUUGAGAAUUCCUUGGACCACCAUGAAACAGAUCCUACAGAAAGCAAUAAACAAGAGACUUUAUUAAAUGAAGAGCAGGCAUUGGAUGAAGCAUUGGAUGAAGGUGCAGCCAAGUUUGUUGAAGGGUCAAAGUGUGAAUCCUUGAACAGCGAACCCUUCAGCUUGUCAUGCCUGCCGAUAGCGGUGUCAAUGUGUGGCGCUCUGGUGAACUCAAAUACCUCAAAAGAUGAUUUGAGGGCAGCUGCAGAGCAUUGUGAUGCGUCUGAGAGCACAGAGCCAGCCUCGCUGUCAGCUCUGGAAACAAAGGAUGCUAGGGAGAACAACUGCUCUGAUUUAGAGCAGAUAUCAGAGCGUAGGUUGUCUCCAGAGGGGCAGCACCCUUCCGUUGAAUCUACUGCAGCAAUUGUUCCUCCAGAACUCUCCACCCCUGAUUGUUCAGAGGCCAGUCCGGUGGAUCCUCCUGAGUUUGGUUUUGAAUAUCUACCCGAGAGCGACCAGGCAGAGCUGCUGGUUACAGAUGAAGAGUUGGACGCUUUCCUGCAGGCGCAUGCUGAAGCAGAGCAGGGUGCAGGGGCUCCUUACUGCAGCAGGCCUGGAUGUUAUACCCAACCUGAGUGCCUCUCAGAAGCAGCCCAAGGUUUGGAAGAAGGCCGGGAUGAGCAAGAAUUACAAAGCUGUGGUCAAGAUAGAAGGGAAGACCUAGAGGGACCGGCCUCUCCAGAAAGUCCCAUAACAACUGCUGGGUCUGCAGAGGGGAGCUUUACCUCUGCUUCUCCAUCAGACUCUUGCCUAGAAGAUUCCUCUGGGAUCAGCUGUUCUUUAACCAGCAGCACCUCCCAGUCCCAGCACAAAAGUAGCUCCGAUCAACAACACUCCUAUGGAGGUGCGAGACCAAAACAGCCACACAGCCAAACUGCCAGACCUCCACCAGCAGGAGACGAAGGAAUGGAUGGUAGUGCUUCUCCAACAGCAGAAGAUGAGGAGAGCCCAAGUCCUCCAGAGGAUCAUGAAGAUUUCUCUGUAGGGUUUGACGAACUCUCAGAGCCGCCUCCUUACCCUGGGGAGGAACCAACAGGAGGUGCCGGGUCAGCGAACUGGAGGAGGGACGGCAUGGAGGAGCUGGGGAGCAGACAGCCACAGUGGGUGCCAGAUGCUGAAGCUCCUAACUGUAUGAAAUGCAACCAGAAGUUCACUUUCACCAAGAGGCGGCAUCACUGUCGAGCCUGCGGGAAGGUGUACUGCGCUGGGUGCUGCAACAGAAAGUGUAAGCUGAAGUACCUUGACAAGGAGGCUCGUGUGUGCGUCCUCUGCUUCGAUACCAUACACAAAGCCCAGGCUCUGGAGCGGAUGAUGAGUCCCACGGGCCCGAGCCCAAACCCCAACGUCCCGUCUGAGUACUGCAGCACGAUCCCCCCUUUGCAGCAAGCUCGCGCGGCUGGAACGCUGAACUCCCCCCCGCCCACCGUCAUGGUCCCGAUUUCUGUUCUCAAACACCCAAACAAUGACGCUUGUCCGCGUGAACAAAAGCGUGUUUGGUUUGCUGACGGUAUCUUGCCCAACGGGGAGGUGGCAGACACAGCCAGGCUGUCUGUGACGAGCCGGAGGAGCUCCCAGGAGUUCAGUCCAGACCCGGAAACACCUGGCUCAGCUGGAUUGGACCCUGGAGGUGGUGGUCCGUCUGUCCCGGAGACCCCUGGAACCGUGCCGGUGGUGCGAGCUCCGGUGUCUGGACCCUGGGAUUAUGGGUUGCUUUCUGGAAUUGGUUCUUCAGUGAGGAGAAUUCCCAGUCUGCUACCAGACAGUCAGGAUGAGCUGCCUCCUCUGCUCAUCAGCACCGGGGAGGAAGAUGGAGAAGAUGUUUUGGUUGAGGAGAGUCCAGCUCCCUGUCAGAUUCGGCACCUGUUGGAAGAAGGAGGGCCGCGUCCGCUGACCUUUCUUCUGAAUGCCAACCUGCUAGUAAAUGUCAAACUGGUCACAUCAGACGCCAGCAAGCAGUGCUGGUGCUUCGGCUCUAACGGACUCCAGGCUCUGGGACAGAAAGAGCUGGUGUUCUUGUUGGAGUGUGUGUCAGGAGAAAAGACACUUCCAAGAGACCUCUUCUCACUUUAUCUCAGCAUUUAUCAGGAUGCCCAGAAAGGGAAGUUUGUGGAGGAGCUGGAUAACAUUACAUUCACAAACAGUUUCCUGGACAGCAAAGAUCACGCAGGAAUGCUGUUCUUCUCUCCCACCUGUCAGUCUCUGGAUGGCCUCACGCUUCCCCCACAGCCUUUCCUGUUCGGCCUUCUCAUCCAGAAACUGGAGGUUCCUUGGGCCAAAGUGUUCCCACUCAGACUGCUUCUACGGCUCGGAGCUGAAUAUGACAUGUACCCAACUACUCUGAUAAGUGUUCGUUUUCGGGACUCCGUGUAUCGAGAGACGGGCCACACCAUUAUGAAUUUACUGGCUGACCUUAGGAACUACCAGUACAGCCUGUCAGUGGUGGAAGGCCUGAGGAUCCACAUGGAGAUGGGACACAGCUACAUUGAGAUCCCCAAGGCUAGUUUUAGUGAGAUGCAGAAGGUGGUGAAUUCCUCUAAUGAGCAUGUCAUCAGCAUCGGAGCCAGUUUCAGCCAGGAGGCCGACUCUCACCUUGUGUGCUUUCAGAACGAGGAAGGAAACUAUCAAACUCAAGCCAACAGCAAGCCAGGGAAGACUCGCACAGUGACUGGAGCCAGUUUUGUGGUAUUUAAUGGAGCGCUGAAAGCCUCGUCUGGUUUCAUUGCCAAGUCCAGCAUCGUUGAAGAUGGGUUGAUGGUUCAGAUCCCACCAGAGACCAUGGAGUCUUUGCGCUCCGCCCUGAGGGAGCAGACGGACUUCCAUAUACCUUGCGGCAAGAACGACGGUGGAGAGGUCAGGGAGAACGUCACGGUUCGCUGGGUCGACCAGACGUCUCCCGUUAACUCUGGUAAAACCAGUGGGGUUGAUGGCAGACCUCUGGAUGGGGUCCCCAGCGUGAGAAUGCAGCAGGAUGCUGAGUUUGAAUCCGACAGCCUCUCCAUUAGAUGCACCGAGGUCUUCUACCAGUUAAAGUCUCCUGACUGCAGCCUGGUGUCAGUGUUGUCGUCCUGCAGCAUGUUUCAGAAGGAGAUCGCGUUUGCAACCUGCAGCACUUUGGUUCCUCACCUCUCUGUUCUUACGUCAGCUGGCAUCAACUCACUCUGGCUUCGCAUCUCCACGCAGGCCGACAUGGUGGAGUACCAGGCAGGAGCUGGAGGCAGGCUCCUCCCUCAGCGCUACAUGAAUGAGAUGGACGGGGCUCUGAUUCCCGUCAUUCAUGGAGGUAGUGCAAGUGUACCACAGGCUGCCAUGGACAUGGAGUUGGUCUUCUACAUCACACAUGCUUUGCAGUGAAAAAAAUAACCAACUCAAAAGUACUGUAAAAAAAAAAAAAAAAUGCAGGCGCAGAGCAGAUGGUGGUCCAACACCCAGGGGAUGGAUGCCAACCUAUUUAAAAUGGAUUUCUGUCGCCAUGCUCACCAAAGCUGCUACAUCACCUAAAGCCAAACACUAAACCCAGAAACAACACAGAACCAAACCGGUCUUCUCUGUUCUGCCUUCCUGGCUCUCUGCUCACCUCCGGCCGCUGGGAGCUCCUCUGUGAAUGUCACUACAGACCUUCUAGAAAAUGUCUCAUCUGGAUGUAUUCAUUAUAAUUUCAAAUGGGCUAAUUGACUGAAAUGACAGCAGAGAAGAGAUCAGGUGUUGAUGUACUUGUUUUGGUAUGCUGGAAGAAUGAAGAGUUAUCUCUUAGAGUUAUCCUCUUAUUGGAUUUUGCGGAGCUAUAACAGGAACACAGCGAGCCUCAUGUAAGAACACUUCGUGUCCACAUCCUACACAUUGUUCAUUUUUGUCCUACAGGUUUCCUAAUGGAAGUAUUUCGUUUUCAGAUCAUCUGCUCAGACGCUUGUUUAAUGUUGCACGGCUUAGUGUCAGUUAUUUACAACCCAUAAAAGUAAAGAAUAAUACGUGAACAGAGUUUGGAUAAAAUAUGCAUGAAGACGAACCAUUCGUUCUUUUUUUCCAAGCUAACAACUGCAGAGAAAGAAAACCUGUCAGAAAUACUAUAAGUUUAAACAAAUCACCCAUUUUAACAGCUCAUAUUCAGAUCAGCUGAUGAGGACUUUUUUUCUUUAAGAUUUUCCAUCCUGCAUGAGGCUCAGUUUGUGUUCCUUGUAUGGAGUUUAUCCAUUCGUUUGAAAACAUAAAGUCAUCUUGUCAAAAAUUUCAUUGAGUGGCAUAACAUCCUGUCAAACAUUUACAAAAUAUAACUCCAACCUGACUGGACUGGAUAUUAUGAAAUAAUUAUGGGAAUCAAAUAUUCCCUUUUGCUCCUGGUAAUGGGAUUUCUAACAGGUAGCUGAGCCUAAGAAAUCAGGUAGGCCUGUUCAGUCUCUAUUGUCUUCAGCAGCAUUCCUCAUAUAACCUCUUCCACUGGCUUAAAGUUAGAAAAGGUGAUUAUUUUGUUGCGAUUUUUGUUUUUGUCAUCUCUCCCUUUUACCACUUGUUUUUUCUCAUUUAACCUGAAGAUUGCUAACUGGGUUUAAGAAACAGAUUGCACAUUAGGGAAAAGCUCCAGUUUCACCUCGUUUAGGGCAAACAUUCGGCCUGAUAGCACUUCUGAAACUCCUAAAUAGCUUAGAUUUAAAGAAAGAAAAGCAGAUUAAAUGAUUAAUCAGAACGUUCGUUUCCACAGCCUCAUUGUCUAAAAUAUUUGAAUGUUUAAUCUUUGGAGAUUUUUUGUCUCAGUAUAACAGAAAGUGAUCUGAAUAUCUUGAGUUUAUCUAAACCCGCUCCACCAAGCCCACCCAUAACAACCAAUCAUAUGCAGAGCUGCACUGAUCAGCAUUUUGCGACCAGUUUCGUAUCCCUGGGAUUUGGAAAUGUUUAACCUGCCAUUAUUGUCUUUUAGGCGAUACCAAUAUCUCUUUCAGGACUUUGAUAAAGGAAGAUAUAAGAAAUGGUCAUUAAUUACUUACCAGUUGAGAUGAUGUCACGCUGCUGUGUGAGAGAGCGGUCACUAUAAAACAUGUUUUUUUCUAUUUUGGAACAAAGACAAAGCAGACAUUUUAAGCUGUCCCCUGCAUCUUAUAUCAGCAAAUAGCCCUGUUAGCGCAGCUAGCAGUAACCACCAGCAGUCUCUGUGUGUUCCCCAGAGAAGGCAGAUCUUUACCUAAACUCAGAGAAUCAAUCCUAAAGGGUUGGAAACAUAUCCAAAUCCAUAAUAGACAGAGGUUGAAAGUGCAAAAGAAUAAAACCAUGACUCUUUGCUGUUAUAUGUUUAGCCUUCCUGUUAUCUGCUGAAAAGCGUGCUCUUUCUCACAGCCUGCAUGAACCACAGACAUUUCUCUGUUAUAGAAAGCAGUAUUAUUUCCAAACGCUUAUCACAUCUCUGUGCUUCAUUUUCAAACGCCUCCCCACAGUAACAACUUGCACAGCGAGAAGUGGUGUUACUUGGCUUAGGUACGGUGUGUGUUCACUGGUUGGAAAAAGAAUGGAUUUUUGCAUUUCAGGCCAACUGGUCAAAGCUGGGCACCAUCGAUUUCUUUUUACAUCCAAACCAUAUGGAAUUUACUUGGUCAUCUAUGCAUCUUGAUCACGCCUAUUAUAACAUUAACUAUGCAUCCAACGUAAACCGUUUCAAAUAUCUGCUGAGAUGAACUUGUGGAUGGGGUCGGAUCAGACCACUGAAGCUGACCAAUAGGAGCUUGUUUAAACUUCUGCUGUUUGAUGGAACCAUUAAGAUCCUGAUUGUUCUGUUUCAGAGAAGCAGAGAGAUGAGCGCGUUCAGGAAGUAGCUUUGUGCACUCCUGAACAGUUUUCUAGUUUUAGGACAAGGCGCAGUGUUUUUCAGCUUGUCUGACUUUUCAGGCAGCUUCAUCCAUAUGUAUAAAAAUGUGCAAAGAUUGUAUAAAACCUUUUUUUAAUUAUUGCAGAGAUAUUUUUGGUAUAACUAAAAGUAAAAUCCAGGUUAAGACUAAACUAUGUUUUGGUCGGAGCUAAUGUACUUUGAGAAGAAAAAAGAAGCAGAUAUAGUUGUCAGAGAGCAUAGGUUUGACACGAAUGUUUAAGUGUGCCGUCACAAGCCUUGACCACCUCCACAGGUUGUAGUUUAACUGUCAGCAAACAGAGGCAGAGAGUUUUGUGCUUUGGGUUGGUUAGAUGGGGUAUUUGUUGUUUCGUGACAGUAGGUGAUUAUUAAACCAGAGUUUGAAGUGAGAAGAAAAUUAAGAUUAUAUUUUUGUAGUUCAUGUAAAUCAACAUUUUCUUGAUCUGAGACCUUCAUAUCUGUUUCAUAGUUUAUAUGUUGGAACUGUUCGAGCCAGAAAGGGUUUCUUCAGAUAAGUCAAACCAGGCGAACUUUCAGCCCUGUACGAGUUGUUUUUAGAAAACAGCAAACCUGUCAGCUGCAGGUACAGACUGCUGACCUUCAGCUAAGCUGCUGGUGUGACAUCUUGACAGGUGGAUGGAGACAUAUCAGCAACUGCUGGCUGAAAGGACACUAAACCUUUGCAUCCCGUUGCAACAUUUUAGAUACUUUCACUACAGGAAUGCAAAAUAAUGUUAGUUUCCAGAGAAAUGGAGAAAGUAAGACUGGCCUUGGUGAUUAAUUAGGGUCCAGUCCAGCAUGUUGCCUGGUGGGUCUGGUUCUGCUCCUUACAACCCUGACGAUCUGUGUAAAACAAAAUCUACUUUCAUUUACUCAAAACAUAUUUUUUUGUUGAAUUUAUUUGUUAUAUGUUGUGAUUUUAUUACUAAACAAUCCAGUUAGUGUUUCAUACAGUUGCACCAUCGUAACCCAUUAGUGCGAACGAAUUCACGAUUACAUUUUUUUAAGUGAAGCCCGCAUGAUAAAUCUGAUGCGUUUUUGACGUGAGCGAUCAAACCUGUAGAGUUUAAUUAGUGGAGGACGUAUUGAUCAUUCCAAAGUACAUGUCUGUUUCACCGCUGAACUUUGGUUCAAGGACGUCUGUUUUCCGUAUUCUUUAUCUGGAUGCUGACAUUUAGGGGAGGGAAAAUACUAUAACGAUGAAUUAUUCCUUUCUCUGUUGAUUUAAACAUGUACAUUAUGCCAUAAUGAGAAGGACGUUUAGGCUCUCCGAUUGUUUUUGAAGUGUGAUUUCUUGUAAAUCAUCUAUUUAUUCAUGACACCAGCUUUAUUUUGGUGGCCUAUGGGUCUAAAUAGCUUGUGUAUUUAAAUAAUAAAAUUACUUUUAUGAAAA